AUGUCGCUCGAGGACAACCGGAAGCGGAUCGCCGAGCAGGUCAAGUUCGAUAUCUUGACCGAGGACCAGACUGCCGACAAUGAACGGCAAAGGAAAGAAGUUUCCCGGUGCUUUAUCUCCGAUACGAUCACUGUGCCGACGAAGGAGAUGUAUGCCUACGCUGCCUUGGCCUCUUUGGGAGACGACGUCUACGAAGAACCGUCCACUCUCUCUCUGGAAGCUCACAUGGCGAAGCUCACCGGCAAGGAAGCUGCCUUGUUUAUGCCGUCCGGAACGAUGUCCAAUCAGAUUGCGCUCCGAACGUGGCUCACGCAACCGCCCUACUCCGUGCUUUGCGACGUCCGUGCUCAUAUCAACAAGUAUGAAGCUGGAGGUACCGCAUUCCACUCUGGCGCGGCGAUGACACUCGUCACUCCCUCAAACGGGCAUCACCUUACCCUCGCAGAUGUCAAGGCGAACAUCGUUCUCAGCCAGGACGUUCAUUGUGCGCCUACCUCCAUCGUCGAGCUCGAGAACACGCUGAAUGGGACAAUAAUACCUCAAUCGGAGGUUAUCGCCAUCUCCGACUACGUCCACAGCGUCGGACUGAAAAUGCACCUCGACGGUGCUCGCAUUUGGCACGUAGCCGCCGAGACCGGUACACCGAUCAAGGAGCUUUGCGACCCGUUCGACUCCGUCAGCCUCUGCUUCAGCAAGGGCCUCGGGGCUCCCAUCGGCUCUUGCCUCGUCGGUCCCAAGGACUUCAUCCGGAAGGCGCGCUGGUUCCGCAAGCUCUUCGGCGGCGGUAUGCGCCAGACCGGCAUCCUGUCCGGUUCCGCGGCGUACGCCCUGACCUACAACUUCCCGCGGUUGCUCGAGGUCCACGCCCUGACGCGGAAGCUCGAGGCGGGCUUACAGCAGAUCGGCGCGGAGAUCACCAGCCCGGCCGAGACGUGCAUGGUCUUUUACGAUCCUUCCCCUUUGGGCCUCGACUACGGAGAGAUCGCGGACCGGGCAGCCCAGCUACCUGAACCCAUCAAGCUCGGGGGGUCUCGCCUCGUGGUCCAUAUCCAGACUGCCCCGGAAGCUAUCGACGAUUUCAUCAACCUCAUCCGACAGAUGGCCGAGGAGAAAAAGCAGGCCGGGUUCGUACCCCCUGCCAUCAAGGAAGAUCUGCCCAAUGGGUCCAUCUACAAGGACGUCUACGUGCGCAGAACGAAGUAG